AAAUUUUUUGUUUAUGUUUUUUUUUUUCUUGAAAUUAUAAAUAUUGUUAUUGUUGUACUCCCCUAUAAACUUGUCAAGAGUGAAAAUAAAAAAAUAAGAGUAGAAAAAAAAAUAAACAUUUUAAUACUACACGCUGCUUCUGCUUAUGACAAUAGUAGAUGGAAAUUAUUGCAGAGCAGCUGGAGAAUUUUAUCGAUUUUCAAAAUACAUAUUAUACGUAUGUGUAUAAUGUAGCUAACAUAUAAAGUAAAGUAAAGUAAAAAAUAAAUUAAAAUCAAAUUCUCAGGUUCGUUGAUUUUCACAUAUCGUUGCAGACGGUCAGAAUAAAAAUUAUUCAACAAAGUGAAAAAAAAUAAAAAUAUAUGAAAAAACACUCAACUGUAAAAAAAAAAGUUAAGAACAAUCUUCAAGAAUCUGAACAUAAUUAAUAGUGUUUAAACAAAACAAUCAAAGUAAUUUACUCGUACUAAAAAGAACAACCAAUUGAAAGUGAUAAAAGUGUUAAAUUUUAAAACAAUUAAAAUAUUAAAUUAUAAAUGAAUAAUUUAAUGCCAAAGUACUCUUGAUAGAAUAGAAUACAAAAAAUAAAUAAAAAAACAUUUACUCAAAAUAUAAAGUACUUAAAUUUGUUUAAGAAUUGUGUAAUCACAAUAAGAACAAUAUUUCAUAAAGUAUUUACUAAUAAUAUAAUAACAAUAAUAAAAAGUAAUAACAAAAGUAUAAAAUUAAUAUUCUUAAACACAACAGUAUAACAAUAAUUUCGACAACGAAAAUUUAUUUAAAUUAUUAUUGAAUUACAUAAGUAUUAUACUUAAAUUGAAAGAAUAUUUUUUAUUUUUCUAUAAGUAUAACAAAAAAAUAUUCAAAAUAGAGAUCCAAAAUCUAUAUAAACAAAAUUGUUUACCAAAAAAAAAGAGAACAGGCGAAUGUACUCAUAAUUUUUAUCUAAAAAAUAUAAGGAUCUUUUUUUCUUAUGUAUAACACAAAAAUGUGAAUUUUAUAUUUACUUGACAAGGAACGAAAGGAGAACAAGAAAAAAACAUCAUUAACAAAUAAUAUUCUCACAUAAUAACAAUUAUUAUUUUGGAAUAUUUACAUAAAAAACCAAAAAUAUACAAUUGUACUUAAAGUAUUGAUAUACACACUUGGGUACAUACAUACAUUCUUUUAAGAAUAUUUUUAAUAUUUAGUGGAAAAUUAUUAAGCAAAAAAACAGAAAAAGAAAGAACGCACCGUUGUAUGUAAACAUUUAAAACAUAUUUAUACAAAAAAAAAGGAAUAUUAAAAAAAAAAAUAGUUCAAGUGGACAUGUUGAUAUUACAUACUUAAAAUCACAGCAUAUUAUAUAUUUUCUAUAUAAGUAUAUAAAUAUAUUCAUUUACGUAUAUAAAUAAAACUAAAUAUUAUAAAUACGGAAAUACGAACUUAUUAUAUAUAAAAUAUAUUGUGAGUUUAUGGAAAACAAAAAAAAAAAUUAAGAAGAAAUAUUAUAAAGCAAAGAAAUAAAAGAGAAAGGAACGGAAAAAAAAAUCCAAAAUGAAAUAAAAUCUUGUGAAUGACUCAACUCAACUGAAAAGAAACUGAAAAUUUUAUUGACAAAAAUAUUAUGUACACAUGUAGGUACAUAUUUGUAAUUCAUUUUGAAUAUACCUUAAAACACCUUAUAUUUAUAUAAACAUUGAAAUAUUCACCUACAUACAUACGUACGAGUUUAACAACAAUAUAUUAAAAAUACAGUGAAAGUAUAAAAUAUAUGAUUUAUAAAUAAUAAGUUGGAUUUCAAGAAUUUUUUGGUGUUUUUACAUACAUACAUAUACAUUAAUGGAAAUUCCUUAAAGAAUAUAAAAUAUAAAAAUUAUAUGUACACAAUAAGCAAUAUAAUAUAACAGUUCAAUAAAUAAUACAAAAGUAAAUAUCAAAAACAAAAUAAAGAAUAAUUAUCAACAUUUCUGGAGAUUUUUACCAUUAAUUUAAAUAUAAAAGAAUAAAAAUAUAUAUAUAUAUAUAUAUAUACAUACAUAUGUACUAUAUAUAUGUCAUAAUAAAUUAUAAAUCAACAACAGAAAGUAGAACAAAAUAUUAAAAUUAAAUUGGAUUUUUCGUUUUAGUCAUUCAACUCAACAGUAUACAAAUAAUAUUGUAACUAAAAAAAAACGAAUACAUGCCUAUAUGCUACCGAUAUACUAAUAUUAUUUAAAAAAAAAAAAAUACAUAAAUUAUAUCUUGGAUUUUUUUUUUUUUUUUUUUUUAUAAAAAAUAACAAUUUUAUUUUUCAAUAUAAAAAAAAAAAAUUUAGAGAAAAUUAAAAAUAGAAGACCGAUACAAAACGAAAAGGGAAGAACAUAAAGUAUUUUGUUUAUUUUUUAUAUUUUAAUUCUUGCAUAGAAGCACAACAUAAGAAAAACAAAAUUAUUAUUUAAAAACUCGAUUUGGAUCAAUAAAAUAAAGGAAAAAAUCAAACAUGAAGUCAGCAAAACAUGUACAUAAAAAUGACAAUACCACAGAUGGUCAACAAGCACCAUCAUCAAUACGUCGAUUAUCAAUUGAACGUCACGGUAGCCCUGGUACAUCAACAUCAAAUUAUAGUAAUACACAAAUACUUGAUGAUGAUGAUGAUUUUCAAGAUGCUGUUGAUAUUGAUGCACCACAAUUUGAAAUGGAUUUAGAUACGGCAUUAGAAGAAGCAAAAUUAGCUAUUAAUUAUUUUUUUAAUAAUAAAUUUGAUGAUGCAAGAAAUUUAAUGCAACCAUGGGCAAAUACAUCAAUGUAUCAUUCAAUUGGUGCAUGUGUAUUUGCAUUUCUUGAAGCAAUAUUAACAUUUGAACAACAGCAUAUACAAGAAGCAUCUGAAUCAUUAAAACGUUGUUUAAGUGUAUGUAAUCGUUAUAGAAGAAAAAAUACAAUAACAGAAUCAUUAGGUAAAACAUUCCGUAGACCAAAUUAUGAUCAAUAUACAGAAACCGAAGUACAUGCUGAAUUAUGUUCAGCUGAAGCAUUAUUAUUAAAAGCUAUGUUAACAUUUAUUGAAGAUGAAACUUUAAGUAGUUUAAUUAAAGGUGGUAUGAAAAUAAGAAAUUGUUUUAAUAGUUAUAAAGAAUGUGCUGUUAUAUUAAAUCAAAGAAAAUGGUCAUCAGAUAGUUCAAAAGCACAUUUUGAAAGUGGUGUACGUAUGGGAAUUGGUUCAUUUAAUUUAAUGAUAUCAUUAUUACCAGGUCGUGUUAUUAAAUUAUUAGAAUUUAUUGGUUUUUCUGGUAAUAAACAAGUUGGUUUACAAGAUUUAAUUGCUGGUUAUAAUUUACCUGGUAUACGACAAGUAUUAUGUGUCAUGCAAUUAUUAGGUUAUCAUUUAAUUGUUUGUUUCGUAUUAAGUCAUCAAGAAGGCGAUUUAGAUUUCUGUGAUGAAAUAUUAACAAAACAAUUAAGAACUUAUCCAGAAGGUGCAUGGUUCUUAUUUUUUAAAGGAAGAUUAGAAUUUAUGAAAGGAAAUUUAGAUGAAUCAAUUAAAUGGUAUAAAAAAUCAUGGCGAUCACAAAAUGUUUGGCCACAAUUUCAUCAUUUAUGUUUUUGGGAAUUAUUAUGGGUUAAUUGUUUAAAAUUAGAUUGGAGAGAAUCAAGUUUAUAUGCUGGUUUUUUAGUUGAAGGUAGCAGAUGGUCACGUACAAUAUAUUCAUACCAAAAAGCAGCAGUUUUAUUAAUGUUACAACCCAACGAAUUAAGUGAUUUAGAUCGUAAGACUAUAGAUUUAUUAAUGAAAGAUGCACCAGGUUAUAAACAAAGAAUUGCUGGUAAAUCAUUACCAAUGGAAAAAUUUAUAUGUAAAAAAUGUGAUCGAUUUUUUGCCCAAAAAAGAAAUUUAGUAUUACCUGCUAUUGAAUUAAUGUAUUUAUGGAAUAUAUUUAAAGUUGCCGGAAAACAUUUUCAUAUUGCUGAUGGUAUUUUAAGAAUAAUUGAUAAAAAAUUGAAUGAAUUACUUGAAAAAAAUAAGAAAGAACCUUAUGACGUUGACAAUAAAGCAUUAACAUUAUUAUUAAAAGGUGCAUGCUUACGUUAUAUGAAAAGUCCAUUACAAGCAAUUAAAUGUUUAGAACAAGUAAUAGCAUUUAAAUCAGAAAUUAAAGAAGAUACAUAUUUAAUACCAUAUGCAAUUGUUGAAAUUGGUUUAAUAUAUGCUGAACAAGGUCAAAAAGAUAAUGCUAUAGCUUGUAUGGAAGAUGUUAAAAAAAAUUAUACAGGAUAUUCAUUAGAAUCAAGAUUACAUUUUCGAAUACAUGCAGCUUUAACAGAUCUUAAAGGCAAAACUAAUGAAUAUAUAAAUCCAUUACAAGAUUAAAAUCUUCUUUCAUUUAUUUUAUGUACAAAAUAUACAUUAAUAAAUAUUUAAUACGGCUUUAUUGUAAAUUAAAUAUAUAUAUAUAUAUAUAUUUUAUAUUUAAAUAUAUAUAUUACUAUAUCUAUAUAAAAUUAAUAUUAUUAAUGUUAUCGCCUUUUUGAAAUAUGUAUGGAAAAUAAUAAUUAAAGCAAAACGUUUUGGAAUAAAAAAUCAUAAAUAAAUAUGAUUGUAAUUUAUAUUUUAAUAAGAAAAAAAUGUAAAUAAGUAAUCGUAAAUUGUAAUUGUUAAAAAUGUAAAAUUUUCACUACAAAAACUGAAAUAUUUUGUUACUUAAUUAUGUAUUUUUAAAAUUUCAAUUUUUAUUUUAUUUUAUUCUCAUGUUUUAUGAGAAAUUUUUUGUUUUAUUUUUUUUAGGAUUGUUUUGGGUUAUUUUUUGUUUUUCGUUCAACUAUCUAAAGGUUAAUAAAAAAAAAUAAAAUAUAUUCAAAAUCAAAAACAAAAUUUAAAAAAAAAAAUAAAGAAAAAAAUUAAUCACUUUUGAAUUUUAGUAAUUUACUCUCUUUUAUUUAUAAGUCCAGACGGAAAUUGCAAUGAAGUUUAAAAUUGUUGCAAAUUUAGAGCACCCAGAAAUUUACUAAACGUUGCAAUGAUAUUUUGAUAUACAAUAAGGGAAGCAAUGACAUAAUGUUUCAAGGGAUCAAAUUUAACAGUAGAUUUUCUAUCUACUCUUUAAUUUGGGAGUGAAAAUUCAACACAAACAAGUCUUUAAAAACAAAAUUUAGUAAAAAUUAAAAUAACAAAACUUUCAACAAAGUUGUUUAUAAAAAUAUAUGCGUUACGACAAUUUAUGCUGCAAUCUUGAAAAUAAAUUAAUAGAUUUUGCAAAUGAUUUGCAAUAGAAACACUGUAGAAAAGUGCCAUUUGUUCUGAACUUGAUGUUUAAAUGAGACAAUUUAAUUUUAUAAACAUCAUAUGCUCACCUCUUGCUCACUGACAAUUCCUAUCUAUUUACCCAGUAAUGAAUUUUUAAAAUCAAAUCUUCAAUUAAUUCUAUACCUAACCAUAUUUGCAUAUACAUACAUGAUUAAUUUUAAAAGUAUUAGUUGUAUUAUAACAGUGAUAUAUGAGAUGAACAGUUCAUGAGAAUUGUAACCUUAUGUCCUUAUCAUAAGGGCGCAUAUAUUGAAAAGAAUCAGAGAUCAUCUAAAUAAAUCCAUGUUAUUAAAUUUUUUUAGUAUAUUUUUGUACAAACAUUUUAUUUUCUUGUAUGGCUCAUUCUUCGUAAGAACAAAAUGAUCGCCAUAUAAACAUGGCACACAAUUAACAGGUACUGUCAAUAUCCUUAAAUAUUUUGACAAAAAGGAAUUCAAAAUCUUUGAAUUUCUAUUUAAUGAAAUUUAUUUAAGUCUAUGUUUGAAUAAAGCAUGGCUUAUUUUGUUUUAUUUUUUUGUUUUCGAAUCGAAAUACAUAUAUUGUUUUUAUUAAUCAUA